UCACAAGAAAAACCGACCCCUCGCUGGCCCAAAAGUGAUAUUUUUAGUAGUGGUUUAUAAUCGAAGCAGGCUUGGCCUAAAGCCAGCAAGUGUCCCCGUGGGCCACAGUGCCGCAGAACUCGAACGGAUACCGUCACUUCGACAACUUUACCAUCUAUUCGCAAUCCGCACAAGUCCAUACGAGUCACAGAAAGUUGAAUCCAACUAGAUGAACUACGACGACAACGAUAAAAAAUAACGAAGAAAUUUAUAAAAAUAAAAUAUGGGCUCUGGAGGCAGCGUACCGCUAUCGAAUAGGCAAUCGAACCAACGAGAUUCGGGCGCGAUUCGCCGAGGGGAUGAAAUUCAAGACAACGUUUUGACUCAGGGGCUGCAAACCGAAGGCCCCAUCGACUCGCAGGGUCCGAGUCCUUACGCGACACUCCGAAGAGAUGAUUGGUGGCAGCAUAGACCGUCGGCACCCAGUUUGCCCGGUUCUUCCAGCAUUCGUGGAUCUUUCGGUCAGUUCGAGGCGAAUGCCCCUCAUCACGAAACUCUGCUAGCCUACGCAUCGCAAAUGACGGGGUGGCAAUCGGGUGGUGAUUCAAAUCUCGGAUCAGCGAGAAGCGAGGUUUCAGAACUUUCUAGAACGGUUUCUUGCCUCGCAGCAGCUAACCAACAGCUUGCUGCAGCCCACGGGGCGGCCUUGGCGCAUCUUGAGGCCCUUUACCUUGACCUUAAAUCCGCGAGACUUUCAGGGGAUAAUUCCGUUAAGGACGAUGAAAAGGAAAUUGUCCUAAGAAGAGAGACCCACCGAGGAGAUGAUGAAAAUCAGGAAAAAGUUCGAAAUCAAUUAUACGUUGCCAGGUUGGAGUCCUUGCUGGCAACAAGGACUCCCAAUCCACGGGAACAACACCCUCGAAGAAUGUCGCGGUGGUCAAAUGACUCGAAUCUACAAGAGCGAUUAUCUUCGGCAUUAGAAAACGACGUGGAUCAAGAACAAGAGCUUAGAUUAUUUGGAUUGCAGAACGAAGCUGAAAACCGGGGGAAAAAUGAGGAAAACAACAUUACAGGUGGGGAAAAUAUAAAUCAGCUCAAUGAUGCCCUCGCCAGGAUAGAAGAACUAGAAAAUAGACUUGUUAGUUGCGAAAGACUGAAAAACGUGACCGAUGAAACUGCCGAACAAUACUCGAACAUCCAUCAAUAUUUGAUGCACGAAAAAGGAGUUCAGUGUAACUACAUUCGAGACAGCGAAAUAAGUGAAGAAACUCUUUUAUUGAACGAAACCCUGAGAAGUGAGAUCGAAAUUCAGAAACAGACGAUCCAAAGGUUGAAGGAAGAGCGCCAGAUAUCGAACGUCAGAGGCGAGAGAGCGGAAUCGGAGUUACGUGAUUGCAAAGAGGAGGUGGCCAGAUUAGCCGCAGAGUUAGAAAUAUCGAACACGAAGAAAGACGAGGUAGUUAGUCAGGCGAAUGCUUUCCGAGCAGAGAGGGAUGACGCCCUUAUCCGAAUAUUAGGUUUAGAAUUGGAUCUGCAGAGAUCUGUGGCUGAUAAAGAGCUCAUUAAAAACAUGGAAAGUCAGAAGUCUACAAAACUCAGAGCGCAGCUUGCCGAAGAAAUAGGCGAUAAAAAGAAGCAGAUCAAAGCACUCGAAGACGCUCUUGAAGAAAUACAGCGACUUAAACUUGCUGUAAAAACGGAAAAAAGGGACAGCACAAGUACCGAGGACGAUGUGGAGAUUCGAAGAGAGACCGAUAAUGAUGAGGCCACGACGUCAUUGGAAAACGUUUUCGAAUCGACAGAAGAAAUGCCCGAAGACAUAGCUGGCAGUCGUGCUAUAAAUAUGGAAGAAUUCAAGAAGGAAUUAACACUGAAAAGGGAGGCUAGACAGCGAGCAAUCGCCGCCGUGUCUUCCGAAAUGGAUCGUUUACGCCGAGAAUUAACUGCCGAAAAAGAAGCGCACUCAGAAACCUCACGAAUGUUGCAUAGUCUCAAAUCCGACCACCCUGAAGAGACCAGUGAAACAUCAACAAAUGAGAAUCCCGCCCAGAGUUCAAUACGCGACGAAGUAGCGAGACUGAAAAAUGAACUGCAUGAGGAAAAAGAGGCGCACCAAGAAACAGUGAGAAGAAUCACCGCUCAGCAAAUAUCAGACACAUUAAGGGUAUCCGACGAGAUAAAGAAUUUUGUCCGAUCUGAGGCGGAGAAAUUGGAAGACCUUCGCUACCACCUUGAACGUGACACCGAUAAACACGAGAAGAAGAUUUCUGAAAUUAAAGAUGCGGUCGGAACAGCUCGCUUGAUGUUAGUAACUCGAGAGAAACAGGUGAACAAAUUGAAGGAUCAAUUGGCACAUAUUUCGGCCAGACUAGACGGAUGGAAUUGCAGUUUGGUAUUCGAUGACACAAGGGCAGAAUUUGACCAUCAAUUAGAAAAUCUUAGGAACCUCAAGACCCUGUACGAAGUGAGAUUAAAAGUUUUAAUAGAACUUAAAGAGCAAGCUUGUAAGGAACUCGUGGAAACAAAGGAGAAGCUCGAAAUUUCGCAGAAAAAACUUAAGACACUCGAAGAAGACUUGGAGAAGGCGGACGAAAAGGUCGAUAUCCAAGACACCGAAAUUUCGAAUUUGGAAUCACAGCUUGGCCUGACAAAAGCAGACUGCAGAGAUCUAGAAAACCAAAUGUCAGUGAUAAAUAGCCUCUUUACGCAGAUGCUGCUAAGCGCCUCCUCAGCCGAUAUGGACUUGGACAGAUUGACUCGAUUACUGCAGGAGAAUCACGACUUGAUAAGCGACAUGGCUCGAGAGGAGGGCACUGAAGCAGCAGCUUUGCCAAAACUGCUAUUAGAUUUGGUUGAACAAGUGGAGGGGCGAAGUCCGACGAAGCCGAAGACAUCCGGAAGUGAGGGUGAAAAGAACGAAGAGGAUAUUCAGGAGGAAAACAUCGCGCACAAUUUACCGAAGGUGUGGCGCGUGUUGUUAGAAUUAUUAAGCUGUCACGCAGUAGAGGUUCCAUCGGCUUCUGCGGCGGCUUCAUCAGCUCCUGACAGCUGCUACAAAUCUGUUGACACGCCAACCGGACCGCAGCUGGUGAUAUCCGUAAGUAAAACCUAUAUCAGGUUGAAGGAAUUAAUCCUGGAGAAAAAACAACUGGAAAAAGAAAUGACCAGAAUGAAACAACUGAACACACACCUUGAGAGUAAACUGGGUGAACAGGAAAAAAGAUUGUCGACGGUUUCAUCGGAGUUGAGCAAAACUUGGAAUAUCGUUGGACGUAUGCAGGCUCAGCAUCAGCAACUUCAUACGCACGAGAAAAUAUUGAGGUACGAACUUCAGCAGAAAAGAAAAAUGCUCCAGGAGCUUAAACAGGAGCUUGAAUACUGUAGGGAAAAAUGGGAAUCAGCGAGGCAAAAAAACACGAAUACCGAACUGGAAUGGAAAAGUUUACGUCGCGAAUUCGCAGCGCGAAAAGCGCUAGCUGUUAGAGACUCGUUGAACAACAGUGGCGAGAGCGGCUUCAGUGACGAACGUGGCGACGAAUCCGACGAGGAGGAUGAAGGAAGGGCCGAGAGAAUCCGAAUCAGCCCCCGCAGAAGGACGAGAAAGGAAAGCCCUAGGGUACCGACCCCGGAUACAGAAUCCGAACAACCAACAGACACCGAAAUGUCGGAGUCUAAGACCUGCUCUUCAGAUACCCUGGAACAGCGGACUCCUACGCCGGAAACUGAGACAGAAGCUGAUCCUGAAACUAUCGAAGUCGAUUCCCCGCCCAGCAAACCAAGACCUGCGACUCCUGAGCCCGACUGCACACCUGAGGUGGAGAUAUUGGACCCAUUAGACAGGGCUUUAACUAACGUAAUCCAAAGUUUAAUAAAAAUCGACACAGUAUCCAGUCCGAGCUCUGCGUCUACGUCAAGAGAGAGUAUAGCUUUUCCGCAAUCUUCCAAUUGUCUUCUUGAUUCUACUGCAUGCAAAUCGACCGGAAGUGAAAGAUCCAAGACAAGAAGUCCCAGCUGCAGGAGAAACAUUCGAGAGUGGAGUCCAAACAGCGAACCGUGGAGUUCAAGUAAACCGGAUCUAAAACGGACUACCCUGUCUGCGCAAAAACCGAGCAAACCCUACGGCCUCAAAUUCGGAGGCAGUGAAAGAUCGUCCUUUGAUUUCGAAGACUGUGAGGCUGCGACAACCGCUUCGAACGUUUGCAGUCCCUCAACAUCUACAGUUAAAAGUGGAGAUACCGCUGAGCCCGGUAGAAAAGGGUCUGAAAAUUUAGCGGAAAUUGAAUCCACCGCGAUUUCCACGGUGUCGGUUUUCUCCAUCGGACCUUACCCAGCGUCCAAAUCACCCUCACCAGUGAAAAGUGUGCAGUUUCGAGAUCCCCUCAUACUAGGCCCUAGAUCCAGCUUGGAGCCUUCGACAUCCGGUCAAAGUUCUUGUGCCACAAUCCAAACUUUUGAUAUAGAAGUAAAGACCAAAACAGAAAAAGAAGACGAAGUCUUCCCAGGAAGUUCUGAUGAUGUUUUGAGAAUAUCGGAUAAUAUAUCAGCCAGACUAAAUGAGACGUCUGAUCUUGGAAGGAAUCCAAAUGAGCAAUCUGUGAUAUCGUCUGAACCGACAAUCGAAACUUCCUCACUUGCGACUUGCUCGUCAUACGAAUCGAUAAAUAAUGUCGAAACACCAGACGAGUUGAAAGAGAAAGAUUUAUCAUCCAAAUCUGCACCCUCUACGAUUGAUCCACUAUUAGACGGACCAUCAACUUCUACCUCCAAGUGUUCGGCACCCUCUUCCUCGGUCCCCAAGACUUCCCGUACUCCUGAGGAAGUGUUAGCUGCUAGAGCUGCUAGAUUGAAACGAUUAGAGGAGCAGGCGGAUUGGUUGAUGAAAAAAAUGAACGCUACAAGUCAAAGAGGAUCCGCUCUAAGCACUAGACUUGAAGAACUGCACGAAGCAUAUGGAGAGCCACCUGCACCACCACCUCUACCUGACGUAUUACCGAGCGUGAGAUUGCAGACAGAUCGUUUGGAAAAUGAACAAACACAAACCAGAACAGAUGCACCCAGUUCACCGUCGGAGAUUUGGGAAUCAUCUAAUUCGACGAAUGAAGCCCAUACGGACGCUAACGAAUCCCCACCUAACAACGCGCCCUGAUACGCGGAAAGAUAUUCAGAAAGAUAUGUGUACCCAUGAUGGAGUGGGAAGACGACGUCAAGUCUUUCCCUCGAUUUGUAAGGCCCCUGUCCUUGUGGUUGUAGACGAAGUAACUUAUCCCAAAGAGUUCCAAGCUUGAGAGAAUUUCAGAUAAGGAUUUUCGAUUAUCCAGUUGUUAUCUGAAGAACUAUAAUUGUAUCAAUAUAUGUAUGUACGAUAAAAGAAUAUCAUUGCCCCAACGGAUCGUUACGUGAUAUCCGUGGAAUAUACAUAGUUGAACAAAUGAAAGAUCAUCGUAGAGAGAAAAAACAAUACAUAUGUCCUUCUUGUGAAAAAAAAUUCACAUGCGAUUACGUAAAUAGAAUGAAAGACUUAUUUUAUACCUGAUUAAAUUGUAUUCGUAACGUGAUUUACCUACACACAGCCGAUAAAAACGAUAAGAUGUUCUAAUUAUUGCUUAUAAAUGUUGACGUAAUAAAAACAAGAUCUCAAAUUAA